AUGCAAAAAGCAAUCAUAGCGGUUGCGAAAAAAACUGAAAUUCUCACAGGAUCACUCAGUUGGAAGAAAAGUAAGUCGUUUUUGGCAUUAAACUUCGUUCAAAAAGUUUAAAACCAUUUUCGGACGCCUCGUCGUCGAAAAUAAACAAAGCGGAACUAAAAUUUGACCUCAAAUAUUGUCGAACUAAACCGAAAUCAUGUGAGAACGUUUUUUGACACUUUCUUUUUCGGAAAAUGCAAAAAUACAGUAAUUUUACGAAACUUACCGAAAUUCGCGAAAAUCUUGUAAAUGUCAUUGCGAAUUUGCGGAAACUAUGCCAACAAUACCAAAUUAACCCAAACUGUCCUAAAUGUUUUUAAAACAUCGUGAAAAAUCGAUUUACAGUCUGAAAUUGCUAAUUUUCCAUGUUUUUCAGCCUUUACCACGAAAAACGAAUCAUCCCUGCAAAGCCGGAAAAAGAACCGGAAGUAGCAAAAUUAGCCCGAAAAUCCUCAAAAUUUUCGGAAAACGUGAAAAAGAUCUUGAAAAAUCCACUAUGCCAUUCAAAUUAGCCAAUUUUUCUUGAGCUGGGCAAUAGGCCGGCUAAGGCCUGGACAUUUGGCCCACUUGUGAUAAUCCGGUCGGAUCCAAACUUUGCAGGCUUCUCGGACUUGGAUGGAAGUAUUUUGGGUCCGAGUCUCAGAUCGAUCGGAUUAUCGGGUUGCAAAAAGUUCGGUAUUUUCUAAAAGCAACAUAUUUUGAAACCAGAUAAUCCGAUCGGUCUAAAACUUGAACUCAAAAUACUUCAAUCCAAAUUCAAGAAGCUUGCAAAGUUUGGGUCCGAUGGGAACAUUGCAAGUGUGUCAAAAGCCCCGACCUUUUGCCCCGCUUUAAACACACUGAUUCAGUGAUGGAACAUUCGUUCAUCCUUUCCGGUUAUCAUCUAAUUUUUGUGGCUCCCAAAAGUUUGCGUGAACAAGACGGCCCCCUAUAUAUAUAUACAUCGAACCGAACAAGAGGUCGGGAUGGAAGGAAGAGCGUGUGGGACCGUCUGCGCUCUCCCGGUUCCUCUCGCUCUCUCGCCGGCCGCCCGACCACCCCGGCCCGUCCGUCAGUCAUUGCUGCCGUCUCUCUCGCCGACGGUCAAUGCUCUGCGUGUCUGUCGCUCUCGCCCCUCCGCCACCCGGGUCCUUCUUCCUCUCCUCCUUCUUCUUCUUCCACGUUCCGCCGUUCUUCUUCGGUUUUUCCGGACGUUUGUGCUUCCAAAUCUGAUAAAGAAGCGAAAAGUGUCAGAUUUUGCAAUAUUUCGCAAAGACGAAAAGAAUACAAUCGCGUUCUCAUCCCGCCCAUCUCAUGGGAACUUUCCGAAUUCGAAUCGAUUCUCGCUCUCUUCUUUUUCGACGUUUCCGACCCGGAAAAAGGGAGAAAGCUGUGUUUUUGCGAUGUUUUUUUUAUAAAGAUGUUACACCCGGAUGUGCGCUUCUCUUCUUCUCCCUGUUUCUUCGUCCAAAACCAGAUUUCCAUUUUCCUUGGCUUCGCGCCAACUACAUUCGAUUCGUCAGCUGAUCCGCGUUCCUUCCGCAUCGAAAUUGCUUGCAAUGUUCUGGAUUUCCACUGUUUUCCACUAAUUCCACCUGGACCGUGUCACUUGGCGGUCCCAUUCAGUGCAAUUAGACGUAGUAUUGGGUGUAUUCCUGUGCGCCGGACGAACGGGGACAGGUGUGCUCCCGCUUCGUCUUUUUCUUCUUCUUUCGCUCGUUCUCCCCUUGUUUUGUUGGCCAGAGUGGAAAAUUGGAGGGUUUGGAUACGAACACAGCCGGAAAUUAGGCCUGGUGUGUGAAAAAUGAUAGCCUUCUCUCUUUUUCGCCGAGGUUUUGCAGCUUUUGACGAGAUUUGGAGCUAGAUUUCUGAAUUGCAUCAGCUUUUCGACAAAGUGGGAUCAAAACGUUUGUUUUUUUCCAUCUCGGACUUGUUUUUGCAAUGGAAAGGAUUUAAGGCACUUUUCCACUUGAUUUCGAGCUGAUUAGGGUCUCCAAGUAAUCUGGAACGGUUAAAUUCAGGAAUUCUAGGAGUUGUUCGCAUUUUUCCACGAAACUGAGCUAAAAAACGCUGUUUGCUCUGAAGAUGCUCAAAAAUAUCGAUAAGAACCUUUUUUGACAAGUUUCCAGCGCUCUACCGCUCUUCUAGCGCAAAAUUCCAACGUUUUCAGCAAAAUGUGCACUUUUUUCAGCUUUUUGCCUGAAAAUCAUUUUAAAACGAGCAAUUCUCCCGUUGUCACACUCUCCAUCCCGCACACUCUCUCUCUCUCUCUGUCUGUACUCUAACCGGGUGUCGUUCAAUUGACGCCCUGAUAAGCCCAAAAAGUGCUCUUUUCGGAAAAAUCACCUGAUCACACGAAUUUUCAUUACAAAUUGAGACAAUUUGCAGAAGAAGCGUCGUUUCUUCUCGAAAAACCAACAAAAGCUUACAAAUCGUGCAACAAGAUGUCUGUGACGGAACCUGCAGACUCUGGGAGCGCUCGAGCGACGCAGCAGAUUCUGCAGGUACACUUUUUUCUUGCAAAAAAUGGACCCGACAACACCAUUUUUACGUGACUUUUCACGUUUCACGUCGUUCGAAUCAAUCGAUUUUCGCGGAUGAUCCGGAUUAGUUUUCGGAAAUAUCGCCCCCACGAAAUGAGCAUGUUUGAAAUGCACUUUUUGAAGGUGUGCAACGAAAUGGAAGCCGGCAAAUCGUGGGCUCAACUCAUGGAGGAAGAGGUACAGGUGAGCAACAAGAUAACUGAUAACUCCGCGAAAAAUAGCCUUUCUAGUACAUUUUUGAGUGGAACAGCGUAGUUUCCACAAACUGGACGUUUUGCAACUGAUUUGAAUAGCUCUGGUUGUGAAGACGUUUCGUAACCGACUUUUUGUCUGGAACUCUUGUUGCUCAGGUUUUUGUCAGUUUCUAGAUGCGCAUGCCGGCAACAAGACCGUUUGUAAUCUGCUAUUUGCAACUAGGACUUUGUGAAACUGUUCUGAAGUGGUUGCGAAACGUCUAGAUGCCAAAACCCAAGACGCUUUGCAACCAGUGAUAUUUGCAGUUCGAACAGUUGGAAAGCGGCGGCGACUCGGAGGCGGAGGGCACGGACGAGGUGGACGGUGGCGACUCGGCGUCUCCGGAAAGACCGCGCCGUAUCCCGGAUGCCGCGCCGUUCCGCGCCCAAAUCACGAACAUCUCGAGCACGCACUGCGAAGAGGAGCUCAUCUACUACUUUGGCGGCGAGAAACUGCUCAGCCGCACCGAUUUUCACAAGGAGAAAGGGAAGGCCGAGUUUGAAUUCCACUCGCGGGACGGACUGCUCUUCGCGCUCACGAAAAACGACGUCGAGUUCAAGGGACGUCUUCUGAAGGUGUUCGCCCUCCAGAACAGGGAAAGUGUGGCGAGAGUGUCGGCGCGUCGAUCCGAUUAUGCCAGUCAGGACAGUGGACGGUACGCGUCACGUGGCAACCAUCAUCACUACGCCAGCCAGAACAGCCUCAACUCGGACAAACCGUAUGCGAGAUAUGAAAAAGGGUAGGGAACAGGACUUUUCUGGGAAAAAAUUAUUGAAACUGCUUCGCGUUUUUCGAGCUUUCCAUCAAAUUGUUUUGCGUUGCACGUUUCUGAGAGCUUUACACGCAGUCUGACCCAAUUUCCAACAUUUUCCGCCGAUUUUGGCGAAACUUGAAAGAGAUCGAGCUAGAUUUUGAAAAAAAAAACCGAAAACCUGAGUAUUUUUCUGCAGAAACCGCAACUAUUCGAACUACGGAACGCUGCCGGCCGGCGGAUAUCACGGGGACCGUCGUGGAGGUGAGGGAUCACGUGUGGAACACAGAAAGACUAACUAAAAAUGAAAGCAUUUGAAGGACAUCGUGGCGGAUAUCACGGAAGUGGACAAUACCGAAACAGCCAUCAGGAAAGCAACGGCAGUUUCCGACACAAUCAAAGAGUACGUUUUGAAAGGAUUUUCGAGGUGUUUGAGAUGAUAUUCGUCCUCUUUCAGGGUGGCUACGAUCGUCAGUUCAGUCAGCCGUACAACAACAACAAUCGGUACGAGCAGGCGGAGAACGGCGGACCCCUGCAGAGAAGCGGAAGCUACCAGCAUCCGCCACGCAACUCCACCGACUCUUACCGCUACAAUCAGCAGUCGCAACCGGCCGGCGCCGUCUCUGCCCGCUCCCGCACCGAGUCCUACUCGACCACCGGCGGUGGACUCGACGUCUACUCGCGCACCUCUUCCAGAAUCUCGAUCGCCGACGACCAGAAACCACGAAAACCGGCGGCGAAUCCGUUUGGCGACGCGAAACCAGUCGACACGCAGACGAAACUGCUCGAACUGGAGAAGCGGCAGGCGGAGAAGGAGCGAUCGGAGAAGGAGACGCUGAAGACGGAGGCGUCGGAGACGGGCGGCGGCGACACGACCGCCGAGUCGACGGUGCCGCCCAUCUCGACGACGGAUCCCUCGGAGACGGACGUCACGCAGCAGUCGGUUGUCUCUUCGGCGUCCCGCAGCUCGACCAACUGCUACAAUCAGCAGAGAUAUCAGCAGUACUAUCAGCCGAAGGGCAACUAUCGCGGCGGAUAUCAACAGCACAACAACUAUCACAAGUACGGCCAGAAGGACGGGUACUACGAGGCCGUAGGACCCGUUGGAAGCUCAUCGUCGAGUUAUGAGCAGGGAGCACCGCCCGGAUCCGUUGUGUAAGUUUUGCUUUGAAACUUUGAAGACUGUUGCGAGAUGUCAGUCAUUUUGUGUGUAAAAGUUGAAGAUUCUUGGAUGUUUCGCAACUGGAAAAGCGGUUGUGAAACGUCCGGAGCCCGUCCGAACAUUUUGAUCGAAUUUACAGUGAUUUUGCUGACUUUAGUGGGAAAUUGACCGGUUGACAAUAAUUCUACCUGCAACUGCUGAACGUUUUGCUUUUUAGAAUUAAGAAGCGUGAAUCGUUGGAUCUCCAGCAGCAGAAGGACGAGGAAGUGCCGCCCGUCGAUCCGGUCCACUAUCCGCUCGAAGAGAAUAAGGUAUUUGAUGAAGGAACUUGUAGUCAAAUACUUCAAUUCGUUUCAUGAAAGAAAAAGUCUGGAAAUUUCCAUUAAAAGCGGUGUUUUUUCAGAAGCACUCGACGGCCUCCGACUCGGUACACUUGGCCGAUCUUCCGCCGCAUCCGCAAGGAGGAUACCAGCCACGCGCCGGUCCUCGCGGCCGUCCGAACAUGAGACCCUACACGCGCGGCCACCACCAGCCGAACCAGCAUCUGCAGAAGAGCGCGACGAUGGGACAGAUUGAGAAGGUGUCACGUGGCGGCGACGGAGACGGAGAGAGAGAGCCGCAUCCGAAAGGAGCGAACCGACGAUACGGAGGCGAUCGGGGCGGAUAUCGGAACGAGGGAACACGCCGCGCGUCGCUGUCCGGAAGCGAAAGUGGACGUGGAGGAGCCGGAGGAGCCGGAGGGGAGCAGAAGCCGAGAGGUGGCGGCGCCAAGAGAGGCGGAGCACGCGGAGGACCGGCCGGUAUCGGGGGCGGAAGGGGCGGACGCGGAGGAGGACGCCGAAGCGAAGACGCCGUUGCGCGGAAACCAUCGGAAGACGGAGGAGUUGUGGAGGCGGAGGGAGAGCAGAAGAAGGAGCAGAGCGGAAAGGAAAAGGUGAGCAGAGCGAGAGAUGCAUGCUGUUUCUUUGCACUUUAUUUGAAAAAAAUACCAUUUUCCCCAAAACUUUUGAGAUUUUUAGAAGAGUUUUGCGGUCUUUGGCAUCGUUUUUGAGGAGACUUUUUCAAACGAAACAUUCCUAUUUUCGGUGAAAUUAUCGCAAAGUUCCAAUUGUUUGCAUGAAGCCUGCACCACUUCCCUUGUCUUCACACAAUUUCUCGCAUGCUCGGCACUCCCCAGUGCCGAUUUGAUCCCAAAAAAUUUAUAGAAAAACUAUCGAAAAGGUCGCGAAGCCCCAGCAAGACGCGGUUUGUUGCAGGAAGAGCAUCACGCGAAAGUGACGGCAGAAACGGCGGAGAAGAAGGAGGGCGGAGGAGGAGGAGGAGGAUCGGAGACGACGAAGACGGGCGGACCGGAGGAGAAGGAGGAGAUGGAGCCGCGCGAGCAGACGCCGAAGAAGAAGAAGGAGAGCACGAAGAAGAAGGAGAAGAAGAAGGAGGCGAACAAGACGAAUCUCGGGCCGAACAAGUUCGCCGCGCUCAUGAAUUGUGACGGAUGA